UCGAGGAAUUUCACUGUAGUCUGUACAGCGCAAAAUAAUUGUGUUCUAAACUUUUUAAAGUAAAAUCAAAAUAAAAUAGUAAUUAUAGUUUUGUUGUAAAAAAAUCUAGUUAUAGGGAGAUAAGAUUCAGCUAUUAAACAAUCAGUUCGCUUAGCUCUAAAACGUGAUUGCUUUCUAAGCUUCCCAGUGUUUGUGAAGAUGGCUCGCCAAAUUUACUUUGUUUUGGCAUUUAUUUGCCUCGUCUCGAUAGUUUACGCGUGUAACGAGGCGAUAUGUGCUAGUGUGGUGUCCAAAUGCAUGUUAACCCAGUCUUGCAAGUGUGACCUCAAGGAUUGCUCCUGCUGUAAAGAUUGCUUCAACUGCCUCAGCUAUUUAUACAGUGAAUGCUGCAGUUGUGUUGACAUGUGUCCGAAGCCCAAUGACACAGCCACUGAGCUAUCAAAAGCAUCAUACGUAGAAGAAUUGACAGAUAACGUGCCUGGACUCUUUGCCGCUCUCACCAGUGAUCCUGACCCUCAGAAGAGAUGGUUAUCCAUCACGUAUCCAGUGGAUAUUGAUUUGUCGGCUUUUCGACCAGCAUCAGAGAAGCAACUUGUGUACCAUUUACAGAGUGUGGAACAGGAGCCAGCUCCGGUCAGCAGGAACAUGCUGACGUUCAACUGCACCGUGGCGUACAUGUCCCAGUGCAUGUCAAACGACAAGUGCCGCGCCUCGUGCAGCUCCAUGGGCUCCAAUAGCUUCAGAUGGUUCCACGAUGGCUGUUGCGAGUGUGUGGGCGACAAGUGCUUGUACUACGGCAUCAAUGAGAGCAGGUGUCUAGCGUGUCCAGGAGGAAAGGAGGGUACAGACAGUCCGUUAGACGACGACCUGUCAUACGACGACUUGGACUACGGCGAAGAGGUCGACGCACAGUCUGUUUAAAAAAAAACAAUUUUUAAAAUAAGAACAGUCCGUUCAAAGUUAUUUUACAUUCGAAUGGACUUUAUGACGACGAUAUAAGGAUUUAAAUUGUAGAAACUCAGUGGUAAAUCAUUCUGAACGCACUGUUAUGUAUUUCGGAGGAAUAAGGGCUCAUGAGCCAUACAAUUUAGAUGUUACUUUUGUUUAAGUAAUAGUAUAUACUAUCGAUUACAUGUAAUACAGGUACUGUACAAGAAUGUUUAAAUAUUAUAAGGAUAACACAAACGACGCACAUGUGGAAAUACGCUACACCUAAGUGACCUACCCUACCUCGCGUUCCAUUAAGCGUUAUAAACGAUCAAAACGUUCAAAAUGCCUCCUAUUUUGAGUGUUUUAGACGUAUUUAACGCUUAAUGGAACUCGGGGCUAGUGUGGUCAAGCCUUAACCCAUCAGUCCCCAAGCGGCACCCGGCUGUCGCAUAACAAUUGAAAUCUAUUGUGUCUGCGAUUCCCACGAUCGAGGUAUUAACAGCCAAUUUUAGCCAUAGUCCAAACUACGAAGCUAGUUGGAAAAUCUUAUAAAAAUGACAAUAUAAAGUUUCUUUUACCUCAAGAUUUGGUACUGAAAACUCGCUGACUAAUCACAAAACUAUAUCACAAUGCAGCGAAACUAGAAAACCAAUAACACCUGACUCGCUCUGAUUAUGUGUGCUCUCUUUCACAUAUUGUACAAGUUACGCCUCUAGUCCACCGACGCUGCGUACUGCGAAAUCAAUGCGAAACCGUAAUAGAGCGAGAUGCAAUAUAACGCAUUGUCGUGUGGCGGAUGAGACAGUAAAUCGGUUCGCCGCUGUUUCGCGGUUCGCAGCGUCGAUGGACUAGAGGCAUUACAGUACAAAUUCCAAUUUUGAAUUUAUCACUUUUAUUCGAAUCUCUUUUAACAUUGAAUAAUCUCUUGUGAUUAUUUAAAUGAUUUAUGGAAUUGAAUUUAAUCCUUUCUAUUUUCGAUUUUUUUAUUGAGUAUAGUUUUUAUUAUUCGUAGUUGAGUAGGGUAGUUUUUGUAUUCGGUAAAAGCGCUUUAAACUUUUGUUUAAUGUAUUUUUUGUACUAUUUUUCUUUUUUUAACAUUGUCCAUACAUCUUUCCAGUCACAUUAUAUUAUAAGAUUAUGUUAAGUAAAACGUGCCUUAGUAAUAAUUAAGUUAAGUAAAUAGUUUUUUACAAAACGUAUUUUUAAGAGACUGAAUGUUUAUAAAGUCUGGUCGCUGGAUGGAUAGAAAAUCUACUUGUCUCUUUCACACGCAUAUGUUCGGCUCACAAAAUGUAUCAAAUCGAGAUACAAAUAGGAUAUAUCACUGCAAUGUAUUCACGUUAGGCUGCAGCACCAACAUAGACAGUAGACAAGAAGUUAAAGAUAUAUGCAAUAGCCAAUAUUGCAUAGUAUGCAACAUGUCAGAUUUGAUCGGAUUGUUUACUGUAUGUACUGUCAGGACUAUAAUCUAAUGGCGUUUUCGGCAUCUGAACUGCCCGGGGCAGGGUGGGCCGAUAGGAUACGGAAACAUCCGAAGUUUAAAUCAAGAACAUUUAAAAUUACGUAUUGCAUAGUACUAGUGCGUUACGGCUAAUAUAAGGCUACGAGUCCGGUGGACAAAAACAAAAAUAAGAAAAAUAACUAAGGUAACAGACAUAUUAAUAAAAACUAGAAAACUAAAAUGGAACUGGAUUGGACAUAUAACACGAACAGACAAUGAGAAAAAAGGACCAAGGACUUAAUGGAAUGGUAUCCUAGACAAGGGAAAAGACGAUGACCUUCCAAAAGGAUGGAGGAGAUUUGCCAGGGACAAAGACAAAUGGAAGGAAAUGGGGUAGGCCUAUGUCGAAGGACAACCUGACUAAAUGUGUUUUUUAUUGUUUUGCUAUAAAAAAAUUACGGUUACAGUCGGUGAAUAAAGGCUUUAUUUAUUUACGAGCUUUUGCCCGCGGCUUCGCUCGCGUUAAG